UGUAAUUUAAAAGUUUUUCUCAGCCUCCGAGGUUUAAUAAAUUAGCGGAGUUUGCAAUCGUCUACCUCUUCUCGUCCUCCCUCCCCCCUCCCGGAGUGCUUUCCGUCCUUGACUGUAAACAUUCCCCCCCCCCACCCCAUCGGCGCGGACGACCAGAGAUGAAGAUUUUAUAGUUGUCUGAAAACUACAUCGAAAUUGUCCUCAAAAUGGAUAAAAAGUCCUUUGAAACGGUGCUGGAUGAAAUUAGGAAGGCUGUCUUGACAGAAUAUAAACUAAAAGCAAUUGAAUAUGUGCAUGGAUACUUCUCUAGUGAACAGGUGGUUGAUUUAUUGAGAUACUUUUCCUGGGCUGAGCCUCAGUUGAAAGCAAUGAAAGCAUUACAGCAUAAGAUGGUAGCUGUUCACCCAGCAGAAGUGGUCAAUAUACUCAACUGCUUCACCUUCAGUAAAGACAAGCUAGUUGCUCUUGAACUGCUAGCUUCAAACAUUGUUGAUGCCCAGAAUUCCCGCCCCAUUGAAGAUUUGUUCAGGAUAAACAUGUCUGAGAAGAAACGGUGUAAGAGAGUGCUUGAACAGGCUUCCAAAGGGGGCUGCAAAGCUCCUCAUGCUAUGAUAUCUUCUUGUGGAACCAUCCCAGGAAACCCAUAUCCCAAAGGAAAACCCAGUCGUAUAAAUGGAAUAUUCCCAGGAACCCCUUUGAAAAAAGAUGGUGAAGAAUGUACCAAUGAAGGCAAAGGAAUUGCUGCACGAAUUCUUGGACCAUCCAAACCACCUCCUUCAACAUACAAUCCACACAAACCUGUUCCUUACCCAAUACCUCCAUGCCGGCCACAUGCAACCAUUGCACCAAGUGCUUAUAACAACGCAGGUCUGGUACCAUUAGCCAAUGUCAUAGCUCCAGGUGUACCCCCUCCACCUCCAUAUACCCCAAAUCAAGGAGGAACAGAAAAUGAAGAUUUUUCCAAUCAGCCAAAACCUACACAGAAUCAAACAUUUUCUACCCCAGCAAGUCAACUCUUUUCUCCUCAUGGUUCUAAUGCCUCCACACCUGCAGCAACUCCGGUCCCUACUGCCUCCCCAGUCAAGGCAGUUACCCAUCCAUCUGCAUCAGCACCUGCCACCGGUUCUGGAAUGAACCUGCCCAACACAGUCCUUCCUGUGUUUCCAGGCCAGGUCUCCUCAGCCGUCCAUGCACCUCAGCCAUCAACGCCAAACCCAACUGUGAUCAGGACCCCCUCCUUGCCUGCUGCACCUGCUGCUUCCAUCCACAGUACCACAUCUGCACCUGUUCCUUCUGGUUUUUCCAGCCUAGUGCCACUGCCUGGGCCUUCUGCUCCUCCAACCCCAGCCCCUCAGGCCUCAUCUACACCCCGGGCCACCCUGGCUUCCAGUGAAACAUUUGCUUCCACUAGCCUGUCCUUUUCUUCCAGCUCUACUGUUGCUUCUACUAACAAGCCAAAUUCUGCUUCACUUUCAUCGGUUUUCACAGGUGUCCCUUUGCCCUUAACACCAACAUCCCAUGGGGUCGCCCACCCAAUGCCUUCUGUAAUUGCCAGUGGGUCUGCUCCCAGCACCACUGGCCCACUUGGUGCAAACAGUCCUCUUCUCUCUGCUCUGAAAGGCUUUUUGACGUCAAACGACACCAACUUAAUCAAUUCCUCUGCUUUGUCAUCCGCUGUCACCAGUGGGCUAGCUUCAUUAUCCUCUCUUCCUAAUCGAAACUCUGAGUCUCCUGCAUCAGCCCCUAGCAAGUGUUAUGCCCCAUCCACCAUUCCUGCCAUGCAGAGGUCAUCCACUCCAGCGCUGGCCAUGUUCCCAGGCCUGACAUCUCCAGCAGCUAACUCCACCACCACUCCCCCAACACAGCCUGCACAGGCUCUGCUAGCUGCCCCUGUGGCCUCCUCAGCCUCAGUGCCUAUGAGCUGUGGCUCCUCCAUGGCCCUCUUGCAUGGCCACCACCCUGGCACCGCAGACCUGCGUAUUUCCUCCAACCCUGCAGUAACAACGAUUCCAGUUAUGAUCAAAACUGAGCCCACGAGUCCUACUCCCUCGGCCUUCAAAGGCCCAUCUCAUUCCGUCAAUCCCUCUCAUGGCACUUUAGGUUUGUCAGGGACUCUGGGUCGUGCGUACACUUCGACCUCUGUGCCCAUCAGUUUGUCUACUUGCCUUAACCCUGCCUUGUCAGGUCUCUCUGGUUUGAGUACUCCCUUAAAUGGUUCCAAUCCCCUUUCCUCCAUUUCCCUCCCACCGCAUGCAUCCUCCACCCCCAUCGCCCCAGUAUUCACUGCUCUCCCUCCUUUUACUGCUCUAACCAGUAGCUUUCCUUUACCCAGCAGCCCUUCUCUUAAUCCCUCUGUGUCUCUCGCAGGGUCAUUGAUAACCACCUCCACAGCCACGCCUCACCCCAGCUCCACAGUGGCUGCGCUCUCAGGGCUUUCUGCCUCAGCUCCCGCCUCAGCAGCCCCUUUUCCCCUCAGCCUGCCCACCGCUGUGCCCUCGCUCUUCCCAGUCACCCAGGGUCCUCUUCCCCCUUCAAACCCCUCCUACCCUGGCUUUUCUGUCUCAAAUACCCCAAGUGUGACCCCUGCUGUCCCUUCGUUCCCGGGGCUACAGGCGCCCUCCACAGUGGCUGCUGUCACACCCCUGCCUGUGGCUGCCACAGCCCCAUCACCAGCUCCUGUCCUUCCUGGAUUCGCCUCAGCAUUUAGUUCCAAUUUCAACUCUGCUCUUGUUGCACAAGCUGGUUUAUCAUCUGGACUUCAGGCUGCAGGCAGUUCUGUUUUUCCAGGCCUCCUGUCCCUCCCAGGGAUCCCUGGGUUUUCCCAGAAUGCUUCACAGUCAUCCUUACAAGAAUUACAGCAUAGUGCAGCUGCCCAGUCAGCUCUGCUGCAGCAGGUCCAUUCAGCUUCUGCUCUGGAAAGCUACCCUACUCAGCCCGAGGGCUUCCCUCCUUACCCUUCCACACCAGGAACGCCAUUUUCCUUGCAGCCAGGCCUGUCCCAGACUGGAUGGCAGUGAUCAUCUCUAAAUGUUUUUUUUUUGUUCUUGGGAUCAACAUGAGAACUGCAGCGAACAAUCUGACAAAUAUGAAGUUGGCCAGAAGUCAGAAAAUGAAGUUAGGCCUAGGAAACUGGGACAAGAGUUGAAAUUUUCUGGUUGCAUUUUUAAAAAAAAUAAUGCUUUUCAGUAUGAUUACUCCCCACUCCCUGAUAUAACUAUACUGGCAAAUUGUAUGGGUUAUCAGUAUUUAAAAAGUAUUUGGGGAGUUUUUAACUCCCAUUCUACAAAAUUUUGGGUCAUGUGUGAUCUAGAUAAAAGAAUAUUAAAGAGGAGAGUGGACUCUUUAUAGCCAAAAACAGCCUUAAAUCUGCUUGUGUAGCCUCCACUGACAGAAGUAAUAGCUGUGCCUCAGAUGUGUGGGUUGCAUGCAGCCCUGGGGAAGUUGUACUCUUGGUCAAAUGCAUGAGCAGCUUCCGCUCAUAUUAACUGGACCUUGGUGUACUCUAUGUGUCUGCAAAAGGGGGUUCAAGACCCACUGUUUCUUUUCAUAUCUGAUAUUAAUGGUCACACAUACUGCUGAAUUUAACUCAUAUAGUUCAGGUAAGCGAAAAUGGUGCUUAAUGCCAUCUUGAGAAUGACUUUCAGGUGUAUAUUCUGGAACUACAAAGUAGUUGUUAAAACUUGUAACUUGUUACAAGUGAGGAAGGCUUUAUGACAAGAUUGACCUUCGGCACACUUCUAAUCUCAGAAGUAUCUAGAUAGUGAGGAACAGCUAGUGGACUCUCGGCCACUGCUAUUACUCAUUGUGCUCUAGAAGCUCUGGGUGAAUGUUUACAAUCAUGGGAUGUAGUAUUUCUCUUUGUACUUAAAAGUCAAAUGCUUAUCUGAAACAAUUACAUGACAGCAGCUAGAGAAGACUUACUCAGUAUAUAUGCAGUGUGUACGCUAUCCAAGGACCUGUGGUAUAUCAUGAUUGAAUGUCAUUAAUUUAAGAAGAACUGCCACAUUGGGGGUGGGGGGACA